GCCAGCGGCAGGCAGCUGUGUGCUUCUCAAGGUUGACCUGGGCUCUGGCGGGGACCCCCGACAUGAAUCUGGGCACAAAGACCCCUCACCACAAACCACAGAAGGGGGGGAUUCCUGCACCUUCCCCCUGUGAAGGGCCGCAGGUCAUUAAAUAAGGAGCUUUAUGAGCAGGUGCAGGGCGCAGGGUGCCUGCGAUAAACCGGGAGAAAGGCUGUGUGGGCACGGCUGGGAGGUCCCCCCGGGCUCUCCAGGACCCCCGUCAGCUCGCCCGCCCCCCUCACUCCCAGCCAGGACCCCCACCCCCCGGCGCCCGGACAGCUGCGGGGCGGCGGGCCGGGGUCGGGGCCCCCGGGGCGGCGGACUGGCUCCGGCCGCGCCCUCCGGCGGCCGCACUAUUUUGGGUGCAGACCCGCCCCCCGCGGCCUCGGCAGCUGGAGGGUCGCGCCGCACCCCGGUGCAGGGCGCCUGUCCGUCGGCAGCCAUGGAGGGCCGCUCGGUGCCCCACGCCCACCCGGCCACCGCCGAGUACGAGUUCGCCAACCCGAGCCGCCUGGGCGAGCAGCGCUUCGGAGAAGGCCUCCUGCCGGAAGAGAUCCUGACCCCCACCCUCUACCACGGCUACUACGUGCGGCCCCGGGCCACGGGAGCCGGGGAGGGCGGCAGGGCGGGGGCGUCCGAGCUCCGGCUCAGCGAGGGCAAGUUCCAGGUGUUCCUGGACGUGAGCCACUUCACCCCCGACGAGGUGACCGUGAGGACUGUGGACAACCUGCUGGAGGUGUCCGCCCGGCACCCGCAGCGCCUGGACCGCCACGGCUUCGUGUCCCGGGAGUUCUGCCGCACCUACGUCCUGCCCGCCGACGUGGACCCCUGGCGGGUCCGCGCCGCGCUCUCCCACGACGGCAUCCUCAGCCUGGAGGCGCCCCGGGGGGGCCGGCAUUUGGACACAGAGGUCAAUGAGGUCUACAUCUCCCUCCUCCCGCCGCCUCCGGAUCCGGAGGAAGCGGAGGAGGCAGCCCCGGCGGGGCCCUGAGGGCCUCAGACCCAGCACCCAGGCCUGCCUACCCCCGGGGUGAUACGGCAGCUGCCACCACCCCAGAGAGAGCAGCGGCCUGGGGAGAAGGGAAAAGUGCAUGGGCCACAGUGUGUGGUUUGGUCCCGUGGGACGUGUCCUAGCCUUUGGUUUAGUUCUAGGUAGAGGUGAAUAAACCCAAAUCUCAGGGC